UGGAGGCUGAGCGAAGAGGGCGGGGGUGCGCUUUACCGCAGGAUCUCUAGAUUUCUGCAGCACUCAUCAAAACUCUGCGGCAUGAAGACAAGAGCUGGGGGGGAGGGCACUCACACGCACCCGGCUACCUCUCACUUUUAGUCUCCCCUUCUCCAUCCCUAGAUAGGCUUCUCUUAUUUUCCACCAAUUUGCUCUCAUUUUCAGCUCCCCAUCACUUGAAAAAGGGCUCCUUGCCUCUUUCCUCAUUGGCUAAUUGGAUUCCCAUUGCAUUAGGGCACGUUUUUUGACUCUUGAGGUUUUUUUAGAGGCCUGCUCUUUAACAGUAAAAUGGCAAAGGAUCCGGAAAAGGGCCAGUGGAAGGAGUAUAUAUGGAACCCGAGGACAAGGGAGUUUCUGGGCAGGACAGCCAGCAGCUGGGGUCUCAUCUUUCUCUUCUAUUUAGUUUUCUACAUCUUCCUGGCCGGCCUGUUUGCGCUUACCAUGUACGUCAUGCUGCAGACUUUGGAUGACCACAAGCCGACCUGGCAAGACAGGCUCACCACGCCAGGGAUGGUGAUUAGACCCAAAUCCGGUGAGGCUUUUGAGAUUGUCUACAACAUCCAGAAAACCGAGAGCUGGGACAUGUACGCUCAGGCCCUGGACAAGUUCCUGGAACCCUACAACAGCACCACCCAGGAGCAGAAAAACGACGAAUGCAAACCAGACCAGUACUUCUUGCAGGAGGAUAGCGGCGAUGUGAAGAACAACCCCAAGCGCUCCUGUCAAUUCAAACGCGACUUUCUGAAGGACUGCUCGGGACUCGACGACCGUUACUAUGGCUACCAGGAGGGAAAGCCAUGCAUCAUUAUCAAGAUGAAUCGGGUGAUUGGAAUGUUGCCAGGGAAGGACGGACAGAAUCCUUUUAUCACCUGUGGCGCAAAGAGAGAAGACACGGACAAAAUUGGACAAAUGUUGUAUUUUCCGUCCAAUGGCACUUUCAACCUUAUGUACUAUCCUUACUAUGGCAAGAAAGCUCAGGUGAACUACUCGCAGCCUUUGGUUGCCGUCAAGUUCCUUAACAUCACCGUCAACCAAGACAUCAACAUCGAAUGCAAGAUCAACGCCAACAACAUUCCCAUCGGAAGCGAAAGAGACAAGUUUGCCGGACGAGUGUUUUUCAAGCUGAGGAUCAACACUGCUAACUAGGUUCUCAAGCCUUUUUUUUUUCCCCACCUCUGACAACGUCAUGCUCUGCAACAUUGCACAUGCACGGAAAACAAUUGCAGCAUUGCCACCCUUUUUGGGUUCCGUUUACACCCCCCCCCCCCUCUCAAAAUUAAAGACGGGGUGGACGUGGUUUGAGAUCAUGCAAGAAUCAAGAGUGGCAAUCCUGUAAUUAUUUCUGUCCGUGAGCUUGGAGACAAAUUUGUUUCUGUAAAUUAAUUUAAGGUGACGUCUAUUUAUACUGCAUGACAAACGAAAAGGGGAUAUGAAGGAUGUAACACGUGUUUUUAAAAGUUUGCAAGGACCAGUAACACCAAUGUAUCGCUGCUCCUAUCUCGCUGCCUCAAUAAUAGUGUUUCUCUAUAGACCAAUACAAAAUGUGCAAUCCGCAAUUUUAUUUCGAUGAUAACGUAACCUCGGAGCUGGGCUAGGGAUGGGCAUAUGAGAAUCAAUGAAUUGAUUGUUUGUUUGUUUUUUUCUAUAAUACAAAGAAAGGCUCUUCAGGCUGCAGACUUCUUAGAAAUCAAUCAUCGGCUCUUCUGCUGGCACUUUUUAUUUUAUUUUUUUAGCAACAAAUGCUUCCAGAUGUGUAUCAAUCAACCCAUUGAAUUCUUAAACAAUCACUGUGCCCAUCCCUCUGCCUAACUUGCUGCACUCAAAAGAAUAAUCCGACGACGGGUGGAUGCUGAGAUGAAGCCAUUUUGCAUGUGUGUAUUGUCUUUAGUGUGCUAUGAGGGUAAGAGUCCCUUAUAUCCCCACUCUUUGCUCAGUGUGAAACAAAAAAAAAAAGUUCUGUGAGACCACUGACCACCAGGAGGGACCACCAUGAUGAAAAUCACACACAAUUAGUGUGUGGUUCAGAAAAUCAUCUAAGAUGAAGAGGAAGAGUUUCAAACCUUUAAGUGUGUUUGUGGCUUCAGUGUAUGUUCUGUACGUUGACAUAUUUCAUACCAUGGGUCGGGAAAGUUGCAUGCGUUGUGCAAUAUUCAUGAAAUCCGUAUAUUAGGAAUGAUUGAUCCCAUUGUUUAGUGCUGACUAAUUCCGCAUUAGCAUCGCGGUCGGCAUCCAUCGAUUGUCCACGUUUUACUAGGUCUUCCUUCCAUUAUUAAAGAAAAAGGACAUUAACUACGUUUAAAAUGAGGGGCGUUAUAAUCUUAUUGCGUUAUUGCACCAAUUUGAAAACACUUUUUAAGUGUUUGAAGCUAAAUGAUCAUAAAUCGAAACGUUGCAAUCAUUUACCCAAAUAUAAUCCAGCCGUUGUAAUGCGACAAAUGUGAAUAAAUCACCGGAUUAGAUAUAAUCUCAAAUUUUUUCUUUCCCCAAAGAUUUUUCGCUGUAUUCACACGCACGCUUCUCUGAAGUUGGCGCAACACUUAAUUUCACUCUAAUCUCUUAAUCCGGUGGGCUAAUCCCGAGCCUGCGCGAUGAAUUUCCUUGCCCUACUUUGUUGCUCCUCCUCCUCGCCAUCGCCUCCAAAAUAGUUGAAUCGAUCGCCACUCAUUCAUUUCCUAGAUUUAUCGGUGCAUUCUUUAAUUCUUCAACUAACAGCCUUUAAAUUACACAAGACUAACUAAAAUUUUCUUUCUUUAGCCAUCUGCAUGUGAAGAUGAGUUCUUCGACCAAAGACCCUCAUUCCACUUUCAGUUUUCUUUUAGCAACACCGUGUUAGAGAUCAAAGGUCAGAGCAAAGAUGUGCUGCAGAGAUACAGUAGGAGUCAUGUGAGUACAUAAAGCAGCUGUGUUAUAAAAAGAUCUACUCUUACAUAAUAGGAAUACGCACAAGUGUUUUACAAAGACAUAACAGUGCCUCCUGGUGGACAGAUCGUGUUGUUGCCAGUGUCCAGGUUAUUUUCUUCAUCUCCUUUUAUCGAGUCCCGUUGUUCAUUUGGAGAUGUCCUCAGAAAGCAAUACUGUCCCUGCGGCCAUGGGAUUCUCGGAAAAUCAAAAUGUGUGCAAAUGCAAGGCGUCAAAAGGCAACAACCGAUAAAGUAUUCUUUGUGACCGGCUAUUUUUGUUGUAAAAUUUAGAGAAUGUAUCAGCUCGAAUUGUAUCGUGUUCCUGGAGACACACACGGAUGGGUUUCAUCAUUAAUUCAUCAAAUUUGGUCACCAAAGCUCGCUCGUUUGUUUUUGUAUUUUUUAUGUGUUUGUGUGAUAUUUCCACCCUUUGCACCCAUCAUGCCCCGUCAUUUUCAGAUUUGCAAUGAAUGAGAAGUGAGAAGUGUGCGUCAAUUUUUCCCGAACAAAGACACGAUGUGUUCCAGACAAAAAAUAUUGAUAGAAGUAUACUAAAGAUAUUUUUAAGAAGAAAUAAUUAUGAUAAAUAAAUCUCUCCCCUCUUUCCUUAUAUGACCCUCAUAUAAAAUUACCUAUAUCCCGGAAUGUGGUUUAAAGACAAGAAUCCGCUCGGUUUUGUUGCCCAAAUUGGAUGAUAAUUCUAUUCCGGAUUUGUAUUUUAUGCUCUGACUGUAUGUAUAUUUUUGCUCAUGUUUACUGCAAAACAAGAUAGAGAAUUAAUAAAUGUCAUUUAAGGGAACCAAA